AUGGAUGACGACGAGCUAAACACCCUCCAUGAGGAUCGCGCGCGGACAUGGCUCGAUUACUACAAUCGAUCUUACGGCCCUGCUGGUGUUGAGAAGCUGGCAUCUCAAUACAGAGAUGGCCAGCAUUGCGAGUGUCUCGGCUUCAUUCAUGGAGGCUUCAACAUCUGCUUCUGUGUUCUUUUCGAUGAUGGUGCAAUGUGGGCGGUCCGAUUUCCUAUCGCUGGGUCGGUCAUGCAUCCAGAAGAAAAGGUCCGCCGGGAAGUUGCUGUCCUAAAGUUCGUCCAAGAGAAGACUCAAAUACCUGUACCAAAACUCAUCGCAUAUGGCUCUGCCUCGGACAACCACGAUCCAGAAAUCGGGCCCUAUCUGAUCUCAGAAUGGGUUCGUGGUAAGCCACUAGUAGAACUGUUGGAACAGCUACCGCGUCCUGAAUGGGGUCCAGUCUUACGAGACGACAUCGAUGAUGACAUUUUUUACAAGAUUUACUCUCAGAUGGCGGACAUUCUUCUGGAACUUGCUUCUCAUGACUUUGGUAAAAUCGGCGCUCUGAUUAUACCAGACGGGGACGGCGAAGCGACCUCAUGGCCAAUUUGCACAAGGCCGUUGACACGCAAGAUGAAUGAGAUUCAAAGAGCAGGAUACGUCGUUGUGGAUGAUUGUACCGCGCCACCUUUUGACAAUGUUACUGACUACAUGAAGCAUCUUUUGCAACAGAACAUGACGCAUUUGUACAAGCAGAGGAAUUCUGUCGAUGAUGAGGAGGAUGCACGGAGCAAAUUUAUCCUUCGCCGAAGGUUGCAAGCACUUGUACCUCACUUCACCUCCAAGUUCGACUCGGGACCAUUCACUCUCUUCUGUGACGAUGUGCAUCCUCGAAAUAUCUUAGUCGAUGAGAACACAUACAAGAUCACUGCCAUCAUCGAUUGGGAGUGGACAUAUGCUGCUCCCCAUGAUUUUUUGGUCACACCUCCUUCUUGGCUAGUAUUUGGAACCCCUACAUCAUGGAUCGAGUCCGACGAGGUCAAGUUCAAGAAGCAGUUUACAAUCUUUCUUCAAGCCCUAGAAGACGCAGAAUCGAGAAGAGAGAAAGACCUUGCCCUCGAACAACCAAAUGAGCAGCGUAUCUCGACUGCUAUGCGUCAGAGUUUCGAAGAUGGCACAUUCUGGUUCGUACAACUAUUGUUGCAAUCUUUCAACUUUGACGGAGAAGCGCUAUGGCCACACCUGGAACCCUUUCUCCGAGAAAGGGGGUUACUCGAAGUCGGGAUUCCAGACGAAAAGGAGGUCGAGGAAUUCGUGGCUAUGAAGAUGAGAGACCUUCAUGCGUACAAGGAAGAGCUGCAGAAAAAGUCUGGCGAGCAACACGCCGAAUCAGAAGUGGAUCCAAGUCCUCUAGCAAGCGAUCACACAAAUGGUCCUACAAAUGAUGAUGCAGCAGCCACUGCAAAGCCUCUGGACGAACUCCAUGAGCAAUCACAGACACACUUGGGUGAUCUAGAACCAACUACAGACCCUACCAAGCUUUCAAGCAACCAAACAACUAGAUCAGCAGGCCAUCGUACAGAUGAUCAUUUGGUAUCUUUGAACGCGCAAGGAAAAACAGAUACAGACAUAAGCGACCUACCAAGCACCCGAACAAGUGAACGCCAGAGGAUGGAGUCAGAAGACCCUCAGGACCAGGACACCAUGCCAGCAUCGGAGACGGAGAAGCAACGCACAUGGUUAGAGAUGAUGAUUCCCUCAUGCAUCUUCAAUUGA